AGCAAAACGCAAAGUGCUGGAGUGACCCAGCGAGUCAGGCAGCAUCGGUGGAGGGAAUGGAUGGGCAACCAUUCUGAAGAAGGGCGCCGACACGAAACGUGGCAUGUCCCUCCCCUCCCCAAUCCUGCCCGUGUGUUAAACCACCACGUACUGUUUUGUACACGCAAUUGCACCUAUAAAACAUCUUGCAUCUGUGUUAAAAAGGGAUUUUGUUUGGAUCUGACAAAUAAAUGAGCAGGUGGCAAUUUAACUUGGUGAGCGAUGCGGCGAGUGUUAUAAAUGUAAACGGUGUGACAUUGACUGUGGUGUUGGGGGGGAGUGACGUGAACGUUACUCUGCAUUCCUCCACUAAUCUUCAUCUCCUCAGGCGAGCCUGGGGAUACUCGCUUCGACUCCAGCAUUUCGGGGACGUGGACGAUUGCCACGCGUAAGUUCUUCCAGAACUAAUUGAGUCGGCUUGCAGGCUGUGGCGUGGAGACUGGUGAGAGAGACACACAGGGAGAGAGAUAGAGAGAGAGAGGGCUGGCGACCCAAGGGUUAGUACCGAGAGAGCCCCCUGCCCCGUGUCUGUGGUAGAGCCUUGACGGCCAGGCUAGAGCGACAGCCCCGGAACCGUGCAGAGAAAGAAACAAGACCGACAUUCAGGAAUUUAAGAGGUAGGUUGACACGCCCACUCUGAAUUCAUCAAUAGUGGAUGCAAUAACUAGCUGGCGGAGCAGCUCUGAGCGCAUUAAGAACAUCGCCUCAUCAGCGGGGCCAGUUCCUCUUCCAAAUGGCAACAAGGCGGAAAAGAUUUUGCUAUAUUUAGAAGUUUUCGUUCGCUUUCCAACCACCCGUGCCAACGCUGUCGGACGUGCGGCACAAACUUCCAGACAUGCCAGAGAAUGUCUCGGUGAGGAAUUACUCCGCUUUCGCCCCGUCUCCUGCGUUGGAAGGGUCUCCUCGGCCGGCCUGGGCGGUGACGGCGCUCUCCAGCGUGCUGAUCUUCACCACGGCUGUGGACAUCCUGGGCAACUUCCUCGUUAUCAUGGCCGUCUUUCGAAAUAAAAAACUGAGAAAUACCGGUAACGCAUUUGUUGUAAGCUUGGCGUUUGCUGAUCUUGUGGUGGCUGUGUAUCCGUAUCCACUGAUACUCUUUGCAAUUUUUCACAAUGGAUGGUUCCUCGGUGAUAUUCAUUGUAAACUAAGUGGCUUUUUGAUGGGUCUAAGUGUAAUAGGAUCCAUUUUCAACGUCACAGCAAUUGCAAUUAACAGAUAUUGCUACAUCUGUCACAGUCUGACUUAUGACAAACUAUACAGCUGUCGAAACACAAUGAUAUUUGUGUUUCUCAUUUGGGCAUUGACUGUGGUUGCAUUAAUACCUAAUUUCUUUGUUGGAUCGAUACAGUAUGAUGCCCGUGUCUACUCCUGUACGUUUACUCAGACGAUUAGUUCUUCUUAUACCAUUGCUGUGGUGAUCAUUCACUUCCUAGUUCCUAUCACAGUUGUGUCAUUCUGUUACCUGCAAAUCUGGAUUUUGGUUAUCCAAGUAAGAAGACGUGUCAAAACGGACAUGGGACCAAGGCUAAAGCAGAGUGACUUCAGAAACUUUCUGACCAUGUUUGUGGUGUUUGUGUUGUUUGCAUUUUGCUGGGCGCCCCUAAACUUCAUUGGCCUGGCUGUGGCUAUAAACCCACAGAAGAUUGCACCAAAAAUUCCAGAGUGGUUAUUUGUCCUCAGUUACUUCAUGGCCUACUUUAACAGUUGCCUUGAUGCAAUUAUAUAUGGACUGAUGAACCAAAACUUCAGAAAAGAAUAUAAAAGAAUCAUAAUGUCCUUGUCGACACCACGCCUUUUGUUUCAAGAUACAUCACGAGGAGGAACUGAGGCAAUGAAGACUAAACCAUCACCUGUAUUAAAUAACAAUGAUUAGGUUAAAGCAAACUCUUUGUAAAAUCAAUUUACUGCUCUGCAAUUUCAAAU